CUACGACGCAGCCGACAUAUUCCACUCACCUACGCUGCGCGCGUGCAUGGAAGAAGCCCAAUCAUGCUCGCCGGCCCCCGACACAAUGCAUAAAGGCGUUCGUCCCAUGUCCCCGCCUCCCUUGUUCCCUGCUCCCUUGCUGCCAGCUACUCGUUCCCCCCCUGUCAAUCCGUCCGUCCCAUGUCUUGGGCUAUUUUUCUUCCUCUGCCUCCCCUAACCGCCGCCAUCCACCAGCUAGUUGGCUCAAUUCACUGCUGGCCCCUCCGUCCUAACCGCCCAGGCGCCGCCACAACGUGCGUGAGGGCGCCUGGAGCAGGGCAACCAACGACAUUGUGCGUGCUUGGACUCUUUAUCUUCAAACUGGAUCCGUGGAUUCAUUCAGUUGGGCUGAACCGAGUGCUUUCGUACUCUUCCUCGUCCUCGUGCUUACCGCGUAUCUAGAAUAUCUAGCGAGUUGCUGCGUACCUGUAUGCAAAUACCCAGUAGUGGUCCGUCCGCUUCUUACAGCUUAAUUACAGGCCUGGUUCGUCAGUCGUCAGCACAAUUCGAGCUGACGAAUGCAACUCCACAACCAAGCAUCUCCAAGCCCAAGUCCCGAAGCACAGAACGGCCAGCAGUGCCACCGUUUGGUAUGUAUGUACAGUACGUGGUAUGGAUGGACUCGGUAGAUACGGAGUAGUAUUAGGUAGGUAGUAAUUUUUCCCUUGCCCUCCAAAAACCCAGUUGCCGUUUGGCUUCUAGAUCGAGGCUAGGCCUCUGUCGAGUCUGUCCAGUCCGUCCUCA